UAUUUAUUGUCUUAACAAUUUAAAAACUCACAUGUUAAAACAACUGAACAUUUCAAUGGUUAAAAACCUGGCAUUCUUAUUACUUUCAUAGGGGCUAAAUUAUUAUAACAUUGUUUUUAGAUUCAAAUGAAGAUGAUAUUAUUUCACUUUUCACUGUGAAAAACAACUUAACGACAUUAGAAAAUGACUCACUGGAGAGUUUUAGCAGUGUUGUCAGGUCUCAUUUGCCAACUUUAUUUGGUGAUGGCUAUACCGAUGGAGAAAAACUCUUUGAGUCCAUCAGGGCCUGAGACGGAAACAUUGAACAAAAACAAGACCGCAGAUGCUUUCAUCUUCAAACUGCCUUCCUUCACCGAUAUAAUUUCCAAUGCAUUUGAAUCAAAGUUUGAUGAUAUCAGUUUGCCCUUCAACCCAAGAACUCUGAUGGAAAACUUCUUCGAGCCAGAAGAUAAAAUCAUAACUGCCUCAAGAAGCAAACCACGUAGUAUAUUUUUCCAAAUAUUUUCCCCUUUUAAGAGUUACUCAAACAGAGAGGAAAUCCCAGUACCGAGCAUGUUUGAUAUUCCAAUAAAAAAUACACAGGAGUUCGAAGACCAAAACAGCACAAACAAUAUUCCUUUCCAACAGUUUUUUCCUGACGUAUUCUUACAAAUGAUUCUCUCAAAAGCUAAUCAAACUGAGACAGGUGGCCACAUUAGCAACAAACUUCAUAAACAGUGCACUAGAGGUCAUCACUGCAACUGUGCUGUUAUCGCAUCUGCUGAAACAGGAAUAAUUAGGGAAAAUCCAAGAAAACUUGAAAUAAUAGAUAAAAACUUCUUGAUAUGUAUUUUACCAGCCUUAUUAGGGCUUGUCGUCGUCGUGACUGGAGUAGAAAUAAUUCGAAGACACAAGGCUAUGGUGAAGCAAGCACGGUGUCAAUCCCAGUUUGGCCACGUUCAACACUGCUAGGUAUUCAGGACUUUUGAAGCCCCCUUUAAAAUAAGUUUAAAAAACCGUUGGAUUUUAGUUUUUGUUAAUAAUAAAAAUAAAUACAAAUAAAAUAAA